AUGCUAAGGAGUGAAGCUGAUGUUGGCAGAAUCCAUGGAAUCAAAUUUGCGAGAAAAUCCCCUACCAUCUCUCGCCUAUUUUUUGCAGAUGACAGCUUGCUUUUAUCUAUAGCUAGUGAAGUGGAAGCGGGUCGCAUUCAGCAUGUGCUUGAGGCCUAUCAACAGGCUUUUGGCCAGAGCAUAAAUGCUGAUAAAUCUGAAGUUUCGUUUAGAAGCAAUAUUGGAGAUGAAGCGAAAGACAAAAUCAGAGGUAUACUGGGGUUUCGGGGAGUCAUUAAUCAUUCCAAAUACUUGGGAUUUCUGGUGGUUUUUGGGAGAUCAAAGAAGGAGGUUUUUAGGCUCGUUGUGGAGCGAGUUUGGAAAAAGGUGAAGGGAUGGAAAGAAAUUUUUUUCUCUAGAGCUGGCAAAGAAGUGUUGAUAAAAGCUGUAGCACAAGCUAUCCCCACAUACAUUAUGAGUUGCUACCGUAUUCCGGAGAGUUAG